AUGGACCGGCCAGAGAAAAAGACGCGAGAAAGCACGUCCAAGGUGCGCACAGGCUGCCGCACCUGCAAAGCGCGGCGGGUCAAGUGCGACGAGGCCAAGCCCGUCUGCAAGCGCUGUGCGAUCGGCGGGCGGUCCUGCACGUACGCACCUGCAGAGGCUGCGUCGCCCGCGCGGCAGAACGUCAUUGUCGUGUACGUGCCGCCGCCGUCCGUCCACGACGGCCCAACGCUGUCGACCAACUCCGCCGGCAUCGACUUCUUCCACCACCACAUCGCCGCGAGCCUCGACGGCCAGGUCGACCCGCUCGUGGGGUCGGCCUUUUGGGGCCGGCUCGUGCUGCAGCUCGCGCACGCCGAGCCGUGCGUCCGGCACGCCGUCGCGGCCGCCAGCCUCGUGCACCAGGACGUGCAGCUGUCGCUGCGGCACCCGGCGGGCUACGUGGCGGCGAACCGGCGCGCGCACGCGGCGUGGCAGAGGGCGGCGCAGAGCCUGGCGGCGCGCAUCCAGCGGCGGUCGCCGGACGCGCACCUGGUGGCGCUGGUGUGCAGCCUGCUGUUUACGCUUAUUGAGUUUCUGCGGGGCCGCGGCGCGAUGGCGAUGCUGCACGUCGAGAACGGGCUGCAGAUCCUGGCGGCGCACCGCCAGAGCCGAGGCGAAAAAGGGACAAGCGGAGGGGAGCGUGUUGUCCCGUCGUCACGACGCAGAAGUCAAAGGCGAGGCCGCAGCGCCGUCGAGGACACCAUUCUGCCCAUCUUUGCGCGGCUGAACGUCCUGUCUUCGCUCGCGGGCAAGAUGACGCCGCCCGCCUAUGGCACCAUGGACGACUACGACGACGACGACAACGACGCCGACGCCUCUGACCUCGCAGACGUCGAGCUGCGGCUGGUGGCCAUCCUGGACACGUGCAUUCGGUUCAUCGGGCAGGCCAGCACCAAGGCCGCCGCGCUGGCGGUUGACGUGGCGGACUUUGCCGAGCAGACGCGGCUGCAGACCACGCUCGACGCGUGGCGGCGGCGGUUCGAGCGGCUGGCCGGCCGGACGAGGCGACUGGGAGCAGCCGGCCUGCGCCACCAGUUCAUGGUCCACGUCAAGGCCGUCGGCGUGUGGCUGCGCGUGUGCACGUCGGCCAGCGAGACCGCCGUCGACGCGUACCUGGCCGACUUUGUCGAGCUGGUCGACCACGCCACGCACGUGGUCAAGCAGUUGGACGACGUCGGCGGCCCCCGGGCCCUCGUGUCGUUUGACAUUCAGGUCCUGGGCCCGCUGUACUACGCCGCCCUCAAGUGCCGCCAUCCGGCCACGCGCCGACGCGCCCUCGCCCUGCUCCGGUGUGCGCCGCGCCGCGAGGGCCUGUGGAACGCGCACGUCGCCUACGCCACGGCGCAGCGCGUCAUCGAGCGCGAAGAGCGCCAGCUGGACGCGCGGGGGUGGCCCGCGGAGGCGGCGCGCGUGCACGGGCUGCCGCUGGCCGACGACGAGUCGCGGGUCCGGGUGGUGGGCCCGGACCUCGGCCAUGCCGGCACGCACCCCGACCUCGACCUCGACAUUGUCCUGAGCCCGGCGCACCCGGCGGCGCUGGCGACGGAAUUCCGCACGAAGCCGUGGGGCCUGGCCGGGCCGUGGCACGUUGCGCGCGAGUACAUUGCGCCGUGA